CACCCUGGUCGCCGCCCCCGUCCCCGCGGGGCUGAGGCUGGGAGGCCCCGCCCCCCGCCCACGAGGAAGUGGCUGCGGCGCGGCGCGGGGCCCAGAGCCGGUUCGGCGCGUCGACUGCCCAGAGUCCGCGGCCGGGGCGCCGGGAGGAGCUAAGCAGCCAUGGCGUACCACAGCUUCCUGGUGGAGCCCAUCAGCUGCCACGCCUGGAACAAGGACCGCACCCAGAUUGCCAUCUGCCCCAACAACCACGAGGUGCACAUCUAUGAGAAGAGCGGGGCCAAGUGGGUCAAGGUGCACGAGCUCAAGGAGCACAAUGGGCAGGUGACAGGCAUCGACUGGGCCCCUGAGAGUAACCGCAUCGUGACCUGCGGCACAGACCGCAAUGCCUACGUGUGGACGCUGAAGGGCCACACGUGGAAGCCCACACUCGUCAUCCUGCGGAUCAACCGUGCUGCUCGCUGUGUGCGCUGGGCGCCCCAGGAGAACAAGUUUGCCGUGGGUAGUGGCUCCCGUGUCAUCUCUAUCUGCUAUUUUGAGCAGGAAAAUGACUGGUGGGUUUGCAAGCACAUCAAGAAGCCCAUUCGCUCCACGGUGCUCAGCCUGGACUGGCACCCCAACAACGUGCUGCUGGCCGCGGGCUCCUGUGACUUCAAGUGCAGGAUCUUCUCGGCCUACAUCAAGGAGGUGGAGGAACGGCCAGCACCCACCCCAUGGGGCUCCAAGAUGCCCUUCGGGGAGCUGAUGUUUGAGUCCAGCAGUAGCUGCGGCUGGGUGCACGGCGUCUGCUUUUCCGCCAGCGGCAGCCGCGUGGCCUGGGUCAGCCACGACAGCACCGUGUGCCUGGCUGACGCCGACAAGAAAAUGGCAGUCGCGACUCUGGCCUCUGAAACGCUGCCGCUGCUGGCCCUGACCUUCAUCACAGACAACAGUCUGGUGGCAGCGGGCCACGACUGCUUCCCGGUGCUGUUUACCUACGAUGGCACCACAGGGACUCUGAGCUUCGGCGGGCGGCUAGACGUGCCCAAGCAGAGCUCGCAGCGUGGCCUGACGGCCCGAGAGCGCUUCCAGAACCUGGACAAAAAGGCGAGCUCAGACGGCAGCGUGGCCUCCGGUGCUGGCCUGGACUCGCUGCACAAGAACAGCGUGAGCCAGAUCUCGGUGCUCAGCGGGGGGAAGGCCAAGUGCUCCCAGUUCUGCACCACGGGAAUGGAUGGCGGCAUGAGCAUCUGGGACGUGAAGAGCCUGGAAUCAGCCUUGAAGGACCUCAAGAUCAAAUGACCUGUGACGCAGAGCUUGCCCUCUUCCCAGCUGCUGGGGGAGGGGUCAGGGAGGCUAAGGGUCGCUUUGCUGAAUUUUUCGAGGGUAGCAGUUUGGGUUCCCCUGGGGACUGCUCCAGGCGGAGGGGAGGGGGGGGGGGAAGCUUUUCUUAACUAUUGAAGGAACAUGUGCCUUUUUCUUAUAAAGAGAUGCUUUCAUUUAUUGUUAAAAAUGUUCUCAAAGCACUGUGCUGGUCAUAAACUGCUUCAACAACAUGACGUAAUAAAAAAGCAGUCUCAGA